UAGCUUUUUGCGAUCUUCAGCGACGCAUUUUAAUAGCGACAAAAUAAAUUACAAAACCAAAUUCAAAUUAAAUUUCCAAAAAGGGCUAAAAAAGUUAUUUCAAAAAACCGCUCUCUUCUCUUGCACUACAGAUACUGGUACAGUGUGAGAGAGGGUGACGUGUCAUUUACGGUACGAAAAUACCCUUACGUUUCACCAUUUUUUUCGACUCUCUCUAUACCUGCACCUGUUAGGGCGGGAACCUACAAAUUUCUGCACUGAAAUCAUGCCCGAGCCGAAAAUGAUUAAUCUGCGUAAAGGCUCCAAAGUUUGGGUAGAAGAUAAAAAUUUAGCAUGGAUUGCAUCUGAGAUUACCGAUUUUGUCGGUAAACAAGUACAAGUCACCAUUGCUUCUUCUGGCAAGAAGGUUUUGGUGUCUCCUGAUAAGGUAUUUCUUAGAGAAGAUGACGAGGAAGAGCAUGGCGGAGUGGAUGAUAUGACGAAAUUGACAUAUUUGCAUGAGCCUGGAGUGCUUUUCAAUCUCGAGAGAAGAUAUGCUCUUAAUGAUAUUUAUACCUACACAGGAAGCAUUUUAAUAGCUGUAAAUCCGUUCACCAAGCUUCCACAUCUUUAUAAUGUGCAUAUGAUGGAGCAAUAUAAGGGAGCACCAUUUGGCGAGUUAAGCCCACAUGUUUUUGCUGUGGCAGAUACAUCAUAUAGAGCAAUGAUGAGUGAAGGUAGAAGCCAAUCCAUACUGGUCAGUGGAGAAAGUGGGGCUGGGAAAACGGAGACAACUAAAUUAAUUAUGCAGUAUCUGACUUAUGUUGGUGGUCGGGCUGCUGGUGAUGACAGAACAGUCGAGCAACAAGUUCUUGAAUCGAAUCCACUGUUGGAGGCAUUUGGUAAUGCAAGGACUGUUAGGAAUGACAACUCGAGCCGUUUUGGGAAGUUUGUUGAGAUCCAAUUUGAUGCAAAUGGUCGAAUAUCUGGUGCUGCUAUUAGAACUUACCUUUUGGAACGGUCUCGUGUGGUUCAGAUUACUGAUCCUGAACGAAACUAUCAUUGCUUUUAUCAAUUGUGUGCAUCUGGGACGGAUUCAGAGAAUUACAAGUUGGAUCACCCAAGCCACUUCCAUUAUUUAAAUCAGAGCAAGAUAUAUGAAUUAGAAGGAAUUAGCAAUGCAGAGGAGUACAUAAAGACAAGAAGGGCAAUGGACAUUGUUGGCAUAAGUCAAGAAGAUCAGGAAGCUAUAUUUCGCACCUUAGCUGCAAUUCUUCAUCUAGGAAAUGUUGAUUUUUCACCAGGAAAAGAACAUGAUUCUUCAACUGUUAAGGAACAGAAAUCUAGCUUUCACUUGCAGAUGGCUGCUAAUCUUUUUAUGUGUGAUGUCAACCUCUUGCUGGCAACUUUAUGUACUCGUACAAUUCAAACACGUGAAGGAAGUAUUGUCAAAUAUCUUGACUGCAACGCUGCUGUUGCUAGUAGGGAUGCAUUGGCAAAGACAGUUUAUGCUAGGCUGUUUGAUUGGCUUGUUGAUAAAAUCAAUGGAUCUGUUGGGCAGGAUCCGACUUCGAGGAUCCAGAUUGGGGUUUUGGAUAUUUAUGGCUUUGAAUGCUUUAAACAUAAUAGCUUUGAGCAGUUCUGCAUUAAUUUUGCAAAUGAGAAACUCCAGCAACAUUUCAACGAGCACGUGUUCAAGAUGGAACAAGAGGAGUAUAAAAAAGAAGAAAUUAAUUGGAGCUACAUUGAUUUUAUUGACAACCAGGAUGUGCUAGAUUUAAUUGAGAAGAAACCUAUUGGGAUAAUUGCUCUCUUGGAUGAAGCUUGCAUGUUUCCUAAAUCAACACAUGAAACAUUUUCAACCAAGCUAUUUCAGAAUUUCAGGGCUCAUCCAAGGCUGGGAAAGGAAAAAUUUUCAGAAACAGAUUUUACCAUUUCUCAUUAUGCUGGCAAGGUCACUUAUCACACUGAAACGUUUUUAGAGAAAAAUCGUGAUUAUGUGGUGGUAGAACAUAGAAAUCUGUUGUCCUCUUCCAAAUGCUCUUUUGUUGCUGGUCUUAUCCCUUUACCUUCAGAAGAAUCUUCACGAUCGUCAUACAAGUUUUCUUCUGUAGCCUCUAGGUUUAAGCAACAACUUCAAGCACUUAGGGAAACGCUCAAUUCAACCGAGCCUCAUUACAUACGUUGUGUGAAGCCAAAUUCUUUGAACCGGCCUCAAAAAUUUGAGAAUAUGAGCAUAAUGCAUCAGCUACGCUGCGGGGGUGUGUUGGAGGCUGUUCGGAUAAGUCUUGCUGGCUAUCCCACCCGUAGAGCAUACUCAGAGUUUGUUGAUCGUUUUGGUUUAUUGGCUCCUGAAUUUUUGGACGGAAGUUAUAGUUAUGAUGAAAAAGCCUGGACAGAGAAAAUUUUGCAAGCGUUAAAGCUUGAGAAUUUUCAGUUGGGAAAGACCAAAGUGUUUCUGAGGGCUGGUCAGAUUGGGCUUUUGGACUCACGGAGGGCAGAGGUUCUGGACAAUGCAGCAAAGCGCAUUCAACGUCGAUUGCGAACCUUCAUUGCUUACAAGAACUUUAUCUCAACAAGGACUGCUGCUAUUGCAAUCCAAUCAUAUUGCAGAGGAUUACUCACUCGAGAGAUGUAUAUUAAAAAGCGGGAGACAGCAGCUGCUGUUUCAAUACAAAAAUAUGUCCGCAGUUGGUUAUUAAGGUGUGCUUAUUCCAAACUGCUAUUAACGGCUAUAGUUGUACAGUCAAAUGUCCGUGGUUUUUUGGUUCGCCAAAGAUUUUUACAUGCAAAGAGGCAUAGAGCUGCCACGAUAAUUCAGGCUUGGUGGAGAAUGUACAAGUUCCGCACAGCUAUCAGACAUCGUCAGACUUCAAUCAUUGCUAUACAAUGUCGCUGGAGACAAAAGCUGGCAAAAAGAGAAUUCCGAAGGCUUAAGCAAGAGGCUAAUGAAGCUGGUGCCUUGCGUUUAGCAAAGACUAAACUUGAGAAGCAGUUAGAAGAUCUCUCUUGGAGAUUACAUCUGGAAAAAAGAAUGCGGAUUUCUAAUGAAGAGGCUAAGUCGACUGAAAUUUCCAAGCUUCAGAAAACACUGGAAUCUUUGAGUCUUGAGCUAGAUGCUACUAAGUUGUCCACAAUCAAUGAAUGUAACAAGAAUGCAGUGUUGUUAAAUCAAUUGGAAUUAUCAAUGAAGGAAAAAUCAGCUUUGGAGAGAGAGCUAACUGCAAUGGCUGAGUUGAGAAAAGAAAAUGCUAUUCUGAAGGGUUCUUUAGAUUCUUUGGAAAAGAAGAACUCGGCUCUGGAGUUUGAGCUUAUCAAAGCACAACAAGAUAGUAGUGAAACCAUCGAGAAGUUAAAGGAAACUGAAGUAAAGUGUUCUCAGUUGCAACAGAAUGUGCAAAGUCUUGAGAAUAAAUUAUCACAUCUUGAAGAUGAGAACCAUGUUCUUCGACAAAAAGCAUUCAGUUUGUCACCUAAGGGCAAUCGUUCAAGUUUGGUUAAAGCGUUUUCUGAAAAAUUCCCUGGCAUGCUAGCUCUCCCUCAAAGUGAUCGAAAGCCUCUAUUUGAGUCUCCCACGCCUUCAAAACUUAUUCCUGUUUCACAUGGUUUGUCAGAAUCACGCCGACCAAGGUUGACAGCAGAAAGACACCAGGAGAAUUAUGAUUUCCUCUCAAGGUGUCUCAAGGAAGAAAUUGGAUUUAUUAAUGGAAAGCCUCUUGCAGCUUGUAUCAUAUACAGAUGUCUUCUUCACUGGCAUGCCUUUGAAUCUGAGCGCACAGUAAUUUUUGAUUAUAUAAUUGAGGGAAUAAAUGAAGUUCUGAAGGUUGGAGAUGAAAACGCUACAUUACCAUAUUGGCUGUCGAAUGCCUCAGCACUUUUGUGCCUCCUUCAAAGGAACUUACGAUCAAAUGGCUUUUUGAGUGCUGCUUCUCAAUUUUCUACUCCUGGUUUACCAGGAAGGAUUGUUCAUGGUCUGAAAUCUCCUUUUAAAUAUGGUGGAAAGGAGGAUGGUCUAUCUCAUGUUGAAGCUAGAUAUCCAGCUAUUCUAUUUAAACAACAGUUAACUGCUUGUGUAGAGAAGAUUUUUGGCUUAAUCAGAGACAACAUGAAGAAAGAGUUGUCACCACUUUUGGGUUCAUGCAUUCAGGCACCAAGAAGUUCACGGCAUGCUGGAAAAGCAUCUAGAUCGCCUGGUGGUAUUCCUCAACAAGCAGCUAAUAGUCCAUGGGAGAGCAUCAACAAAUUUCUGGAUUCUCUCAUGGAUCGUUUGCGUGCAAAUUAUGUACCAUCAUAUUUCAUCCGUAAGCUUGUCACCCAGGUUUUCUCUUUCAUCAACAUCUCACUUUUUAACAGCCUUCUGCUGCGACGUGAAUGCUGCACAUUUUCAAAUGGGGAAUAUGUGAAAUCUGGUUUGGCUGAACUUGAGAAAUGGAUAGUAGGCACAACAGACGAGUAUGCAGGAACCUCGUGGCACGAGCUAAAUUAUAUUCGACAAGCUGUUGGGUUUCUGGUUAUACAUCAGAAGAGAAAAAAGUCCCUUGAAGAAAUCAUGCAGGACCUUUGCCCAGCUUUGACUGUUCGACAAAUAUAUCGUAUAAGUACCAUGUACUGGGAUGAUAAAUAUGGAACUCAAAGUGUGUCUAAUGAGGUGGUUGCUCUUAUGAGGGAGAUGUUGAAUAAGGAUAAUCACAAUCCGACAUCAAAUUCUUUCUUGUUGGAUGAUGAUCUGAGCAUUCCGUUCUCAACCGAGGAUAUAGACAUUGCAAUUCCUGUAAUAGAUCCAGUAGACAUUGAACUCCCAAAGUUUUUAUCAGAUUAUCCUUCAGCUCAGUUUUUGGUCCUUCAUCAGAAGUAAACAGUCUGGUAUGACCCUCAAAAAACUGCCGAUUUUACACUCAAAGUCUAUAGCUUAUUCUGAAGAGAUGAUGCCUCUGUUAGACUGUAUGUAGUAGAUGCAAGAUCAAUUCCUUUGAUGCUUGAUAGAAGAAACUUUUAGCGGUGCCGUCGGAAAAAUUAGAAGUCUCACUUGAUAGUUCUUGAGCUGCACACUUGUAGUGAAACACAAUAUUGACAUAUUGGGGUUUGGUCCCAUUCUAAAAUUAAAUUAUAGGGUUAGCCCAGAAUCACGCAUUGGUAGUAGCUUUCUGAUCCCAUUCUUUUGUUGUACAUGAAUAUUUCACUACUUUGUGCUCUGUAGUUUGUAUAUAGAAAACAUCAAUUAUAUUACCUAAUUGACGUUCAUUUUCUUCUA